AUGUCUUCUCACAAGACUUUCAGAAUCAAGCAAUUCCUGUCCAAGAAACAAAAGCAAAAUCGUCCUAUUCCCCAGUGGACUCAGAUGAAAACUGGUAACAAAAUCAACUUUGCGAGAAGACACUGGAGGGGAACCAAGCUGGGUCUGUGA